AUGACAGCCAUAAGCGUAGAUCGACUUCUAGCUCUUCACUAUCACAUGACGUAUCCGAAUUUAAUGACAACAAAACGUGCAAUGUAUGCCUCAGCAAGUCUCUGGUUUCCAUCCGUACUUUUAGCAUGCCUUAGAGUAGCUUGGGGAACAGAAGUUAUUUUUAUUUUUGAAGGAGUGUAUAUUACAAUUUGUUUUGUCCUUUCGUCCGCUUCUUACAUCAAAAUUUAUUUCAUUGUUCGUCACCAUCAGAUCCAGAUUCACGCUCAUCAACAAGCUGUGAACAGUUUUAAUAUUAGUGUAAAUAUUCCAGAUAGUAAUAACAUGAUAUUAUCAAAGAAACAUGCUUUAAAGACUUUUAUAUAUUUCAUCUGCAUGGUAUGUUGUUACUUACCUUAUCUAUCUUAUUCAUUGCUACGAACCACCUCAGGUAUAGGCUAUGAGGUAAAUUGGACCUUUGCGGAGACUGUUGUGUUCCUGAACUCGUCCGUAAAUCCAUUUUUGUACUGUUGGUGUAAUCGUGAAAUCCGAACGUCAGCUGUAAAGGUAGUCCGUAAAAUGAUGUGUAAACAAACGGAAGUAUAGCUAGCGAGCUUGAAGGUUAAACUUGUAUUUGUAAAGAGACCUUCACUGCGCUAUGCAAACUUCCUUAAACCUUGCCUUAUAAGGAAUGGGCUCCCUCAGUUAAAUUAUAACAACAAAAUAUUAACAAAAAUAUACAUGCAAAAAUCAAUGGCAGAGCUAGAGUAAAUCUUAAAAUAUAUCCUAGAUAAUCGUAUUAAUCAUGGUUACGCUAAAAAACUGAGAGGAACUUAUUUAUAUAUUAGUCCUGUAUUGUGGUAAAUAAAAAAGCUCCUAACUUCUUGUGCCAUACGAAUGCACCUGGCGUGUCACUAAAAACAUAUCAUUGAAGCUAUCAGGAAGUUAGCCGCAUUUGUAUUGAUACAUAAAUUUUCCGAUUUGAAGUUUGUACAUACUCUCAGGAUUCAGAAUUCCUCAACUUUUAAAUAAAGAGUCAGUGUGAGUAUGGAAAGCACUCGACAUUAUUCUUACAACCCUUUUUUGACGUGUAAUUAAUCUUAUGGGGGUGGGAUGAAACGGGUCGAAGUUAAGAAUGCAUAGUCUCUAGCUUAGCGCCAGGUGAAGAUCCAUUUUAUAAAUAUAUAAAAAUAUUUAUUUUAAAAACCCCUAAUUACCAUUCAUCAUAACUCAAACAGCUGCUCGCUUUACUACUUAUUAUUUUUUUUUAAUUAUUUUUAAAAAAAUAGAGAAAGGCACAAAUUAUUACCAGAAAAAUUACCCGGUCUGUGUGUAUAUUUAUUUAGUGCUAUUAUGAAAAAACAACUGAACCAAUAAACGUCUGUCACCUGCCAUAUUAGCUAAGCAUGAGAUCAAAGGCAAAUGUUGAAUAACCAUAAAUUGGUAAAGAUUUUCAGUCUUCCAACAACUUCCGCUCAAACUAGUGACACUUUUUAAUUCUCUAACACUAUUUUGAGCUUUCCGGAGCUUAUUUUAACAUAUCAUUUUUGUUAUGUUCCUUUUUCAACUGCUAAAAGUGAAAACAAUCAUUACUGUCUCCUUUUUCAUACAUCUCCCACGAAAUUUUUAAGUUCGCUAAGGUAAUGGAGCGGAGAAUUCUAAACUUUAAUUGUUGAAUUGUGUCUCAGUGACAAAUCAUAAUUUCAACCUUCCUUGUAGUUACACAAUAUUAUUGAUCCUUUUCCAUAAGAAUAUAGACCGUCUUAGCAUCAUCAUAGUGCGGGGUAAUGGUAGAGAGUCCGAAUUUUAACAUUAAAAUUUAUCUAUUUACCAUUAGAGGGAGGGAGAAGGACCCUGAAAUCUUUGUCUUGGUAGACCUGAUGAAUCGGACACAUGUCUGAUCUAAAUAAUUAUAUCUUGCAUUCGUAUUCAAAUACUCCUUGGACGAAAGAAAAGUUAUUAACACCCAAUAAGUCGUGCUCGUUGGUAAAUUUGUAGCGCUUGCAGUGGCUGAUUUUGUCGUCUAGUUUCCUUCUGUUAGUAAGACGUAAAAGUAUGAGUUUUCCAGUAAUGUUUAGUAUUAUUAGUAAGUUCUAUUUAGGUCUAAAUCGGAUCAGAAACGUUUCUGUGAAACGAUCGAGCCAAUUUCACCUGCAAUUCAGUUAGAAACAAGUCGAAAGGUUAAAGCAAGAAAGCACUCGUGCGCUUAACCUGCAUAACUGCCGGGGUUAGUGCUGCUGUUUUAGGGCGUAGGGUUAUAGAACUGCGUGAAAGAUGUGCCUUAUCAUUCUGCUUGUCAUGCAGACCCUUGUAAGGCAAAAAUUUCUGAGAAACUAGUUCUAAGCUUACUAAAACCUUCUUGUUUCACCAUUCAACGCUCCUCUUCUUCUUUCUAUCAAAUUAGUAAGUCCCAUAGUAAAUUAAUUCUUGCAUUUUGGUACACUGCAAAAUUCCCUUGACGUGCAAAUAUUUUACUGGUUUACCGUGCAUGGCUUCAACAUUUGUUUUCGCUUUUUUUCUCGCAGACUCGCGCGUGGGAGCCGUAAUUGAAAUACACCAGUCAGAUGCGAUAGUAAUCGUGCCGACUGUUUCAGAUCUUUCAAAAGAGAAAUAAAUGGUUUAAACUGAGUAGUAACUGACUUUCGCAGCGUUAAGAUGUGGGUACUGAAUUUGCUCUUUUAACAAAAAUUUUUAAAAACGAGAAGUAGGAAUUAUAAAAAUUAAACACCCAAUUAAUAUAAAACAGGAAGUUGUCGCUGCUGUCAUUUUUACCCCAGGGGUAAUUCAAGUAGUCUGCAUCGCACUGGCGUAAUCUUUCCCUGGCUAGUAACGUCUGCGAAGCGGCGCCGAGAUCCUUGUUGUGGGUACCUAACGGACUCAAAAAAAUACCGGAAGCGCAUUUCGAAUUUUCCUUCACUCUGAUUGGCAAAUCGGUAAUAACUUUUUUAACAGGCCAAUCAUCAGUUUUACGCACUCAAAACCUGCUACACAGAUUUGGUCCCAGAACAAGGCUUUCGGCGCUGGCUCGAAGACGGUCCUAACCAGAGCUGGUUUUAGUUUCGUUUUUUCGUUUGCAGGCUAGUGCUUCUUGAAUGGGACGUUUUUGAAAGUGCCUUUAUUGGAUUAUUUUGGAUUACCAGUUCACGCAUCAUCAAUAGGGACCUUAAGAUACGAGGACGGGACAAGCUACGACGGCUACCGGAAGUAAAUUUGCACAAAAAAGAUAUCGCAUCGCUGUUCAAGGAAUUUUCAGUGUUAACAGACUGGUUGUUUGCCUUCGCUUUUUGUGAAAAAUAAACCAGGAAAACUGGUGUCCUCGCUCGUUGGCUGUUUGCUUUUGUUUUUAAAGAUUUAUGUACUGAAAAUCGGGGGAAAUUGCCGAGGAAAAUAUUAAGGCAACGGAAAAAUAGAAAUUUCAGUAUUUUAAAUUCGAGCGCGCCUAGCCAAAAUAAUAAAACUAGUAGAACAUCGUGUCGCCGUCUUUUCGAAAACUUUUUACCUUCUACGCCAACAGAAAUAACCUUCGAGAUCUCCCUUAAUCUCGCAAGAAGUUAAAUGUGAUUGUGCUGACUGUUUUAUUUUUAGCUGAUAAAAUCCGAAAUUUACACCCCUAAGGGAGACGACCAGCAUCCCCAACCCUUUCAUAUGCGGGGUCCCUCCCCCCCCCCGGGAAGCCACUGAACUGAAAACGGUUAGCUUUCCAAUCUUAUAUGGGAUACGGCAUGACUACAUGUAUAUUUUAAAAGUUACUGUAUUUGGUAGUUAGUCCUCGAUGGUGUAGUGGACGUAGAUGUAGAAUAUAAAGCAAACGACUCGGGUUAAAAGCAUUUCAAUGGUGUUUUUCUAUCUUACUUUAUAUUACACAGUAAAGUUUGACUCAAGUUGUUAUUCAAGUAGUUUUACUGAAAGAAACAGUCUGGCUUCAGCCGAUGUUACCUAAUGCUAACCGGGCAAAAAUUGGCUGAUAGAGAGUUGCUUAUUACAAAAUCGAUAAGCGUCUGAAACUAAUAGACACCUUUUUUUCUUUCUACUGAGUGGAUCAAGCAACAGUAGCGAUACAUUAACUGAAACAAAUGGAACAGUUAUAUUAUACUGAUUGGACUUCUUGUGAAAGAGCUUCUUUCAUCUCGGGCUGAAUUCGAAUAAAUUAAAACUGAAUAAAUUCAGACUGAAAACACAGCAGUCUACUAUGUUGGAAAUUAAGUCUCGUUGGUGGAUAGGUAAGGAUAGUUUAGGGAUAGUCUAUGACGUCACCCAUUGUUAUAACCUAGGAAAAAAAUGCCUUCCUCCAUACUAAUUAAGUGCCUUCCUGCAUACUAAUUCGGCAUAAAUUUACUAAUAAGAGUCUUCCUAGUACAAUAGGCUUGCCUAGACUUGCCCGGUAAGUAACUUGAGCUCGGUUUUCAGACCUUCUAUUAAAAGAGAAAUAGGAAUAAGAGAAGCGAUCACCUAGCAACGCGAGAAACGGCUACCUAUAUCUUAUUUAGAGCUUAAACUCAGAUAUAUAAACAAAACAAAUACACAACGUGGAGUUGAACUGAGAGUCUUUAUUUCAAUUUAGUUUAUGUCUUCUUAUUUAGCUCUAAAACUCAGAUAUAUAUAAAUAAAACACAUAUACACAAAGUGGAGCUGAAAACUCUCUAUUUCAAUUUUGUCUGACGUUUUCUCCGUUCUAUCUCGAGGACAUGAAAAACUAUUUUGAAAUAAAGGCUUUUCAACUCUACUUUGUGUAUGUGUUUUGUUUAUAUUUCUGAGUUUUAGCGCUAAAUAAGAUAUAGGAAGCCGUUUCUCGCGUUGUUACCUAUGCGAUAAAAUAAUGUUUUACGUGCUGCUUCUAAUUUCUAAAUACUAUUUUGACAUUGUCGGUAAUAACUGCGCGGCAAUGAAAACGAUUUGAGACUAAUUACAGAUUAUCUUAAUUUUACUUAUGAACAACAUCAUACAGAGUUCGGAUGAAUCCAUCUAUAAUGGCUUUUAAAGAGGUGAGUUGAAACAAGUGUCAGUUACGCAUUUAAAACGAGUCACAAAUAAAAGCUGUCAGUCACAGCGUCUUUUUGUGAAGGAAACGCCGGACGUGCAUCAAAAUAUGAUCCACUAAGUAUUAAGGAUUUUUAAAGAGUUGAAACAGGUGCCAGUUGCGCAUUUAGAACGAGUUAUAAAUAAAAUCUGAGUCACCGCUUGUUUUUGAAAGAAAACGCCGGACGCGCAUCAACAAAAGCUGAGAAAUAAUCGAAGAUGCUGAACUACUCUUUUAUCUAUAAGAACGAAUCAAAACCGGACAACAUUGGAAAUAUGGACAACAGUUCUAACUUUGAAACUAUUGUUGUCAUAAAUUGUAUUCUGAAUGCUCCACUGAUGCUAACAUCCAUCACUGGUAAUGCUUUGGUAUUGGCCACUAUAUUGAGAACUCCUUCGCUUCGUUCAGUACCAUCUACGAUCUUUCUAUGCAGUCUUGCUAUUACAGAUUUUCUUGUUGGGCUUAUUGCUCAACCUGUUCACAUUGCCAAUGAACUUCAAUAUUCAGCUGGUGGGCCUCUUACCACAGUCGAAGACUUUAUAUCUGUUUCACUUUGUGGUAUUUCCCUAGCAACAAUGACAGCCAUAAGCGUAGAUCGAUUUUUAGCCCUCCACUAUCAUGUGACGUAUCCCAAUUUGAUGACCACAAAACGUGCAAUGAAUACUUCAGCAAGUCUCUGGUUUCUUUCCAUACUUUUAUCAUGCCUUAGGGUUUGGAUAGGAAGCUCUUUUAUCCUUAUUAUGGGAGUUUUUAUUGCAGUUUUUUUUGUCAUUUCGUGGGCUUCUUACAUCAAAAUUUAUAUCAUUGUUCGUCAUCAUCAGAUCCAGAUUCACGCUCAACAACAAGCUGUGAUGAACAGUUUUAGUAUUACAGAUGGUAAU